AUGGCUAAUGCUCAUCGGCAGGUGAACCAGAUUAGGAGAAUACGGGUGAAUGUGGUGAUGCUUUCUUCAGAAGAGGAGGUUAGGAAUGGUAUAGUGGCAUUUUACCAACAUUUGUUCGGUGAUGAGGGCCAGAUUUGGAGAUCGGGGUUGGAGGGUGUAGCUUUCGAUUAUAUUUCUGCAGAGGAUAUGAUCUUGUUGGAGAGGCCUUUCACUGAGGAAGAGAUCUUAAGUGUGUUGAGGAGUAUGCCCGGGACAAGGCACAGGGUCCGAAUGGUUAAUUUGUCAAAAUCAGAAUUAAUUCCUGUGGGUGUGGUGGCUUGGUUACCGGUGUUGGCAGCCAUCUUGGGCUGUAAAGUGGCACAAUUGCUAGUUUCUUAUUUGGGACUUCCUUUGGGGGCUUCUUUUAAGGAGUCUAAAGUGUGGGAUGGGGUGGUGGAUAGAGUUCAGCGAUGGCUAGCAGGAUGGAAGCGCCAAUAUUUGUCUAAAGGGGGACAGAUUACUUUGAUUAAGAAUGUUCUCUCCAAUAUUCUGACGUACUUUAUGUCUGUGCAUGUGAUCCCUGUGGGGGUGGCUAAGAGGUUGGAGAAGUUGCAACGGGAUUUUUUGUGA